AUGGCGGUCGUGAGCAGAAGCCUAGUGCGGGCUUUGGAGGGCAUGCUUCUACUAGCCGUGCUGUACGAGCCAGUUAGGCAAGCACUGAUGCCAACUGGAUUGCCUGUCGGUGGGGUCGGUGGCGUUGGUGGUCUUGUCAAUCUUGACGGCCCCCAGUUUUGCACCAGGCUAUCCGGACGCUCUGACCAGUACUGUUUCUUUCCUGGUGUCUUUGCAGGCUUCACUGCUAUGGCAUUGAUUGUGACUGGCUUGUGGUGUGCGCCGCUGAUUCUUGGCGCCGCCAGAAUGGCAGUUCACAAGGGGUCGGUGAAUUUCACUGCAACAGAUGCCACGAGCGCCUUCUCCGGAAGUGAGGCAUCUGACAAGGUCUGGAUGAAAGCCUGGGUCUUUGUAUCUUGGUUGUGGUUCCUGCUGCCACUUGUGCAGUUCCUAUGGGAUCCGUUCUUCCGCAGUGGCUUUGUUGCUGUCGCCUGUGCGGUGUCGCUAGCAGCGGCCUAUGCUUUGAGCUGGCAUUUGGCCUUUGUUGCCAUUCCCGUGAGUGAUGCCGUCGCUCCGUGCUUAGGAGUACCACGCAGUGCCGUCUUUGAGAUCCAUAAGAAAGUUGGCUGGUGGACAGCCGUAUGGGGAGCAGUGCACGCUGUGGGACAGAUGAUAUGGUUCAUCGACAAAGGCUUGUGGACCUACAUAAAGCUCUCAUCACCUUCAGAUGGCGAGAACAUGCUCUACAUAUUUGGAAUGGUCACCGCUUCAUUGUUGUUGAUCCACACCCUGAUUGCCUCUCUUCGGAAGCAGCAGUGGCUGGCUAGCACCUUCAAGAAGGUUCACCGCUUGCUUGCUUCUUUGGUGUUGCUGGCCGCAACCGUGCACUGGUGGCCCUUCGUUCUCUUCUUGCUUCCUGCAGUCGCUGUCCACAGCUGCACUGCUGCAGAGACGCUUGCUGCAGCUGUCGGCCGCUCACCCAGCGCAGCGCGGCACAGCUGGGCCCUUGUCGGAGCCUUCUUUGGUGGCUUCGUUGGCCUUGCUGUCGUGUGGUCGGCUAGACAGACCGUCAUGAGUCGCCAGGAUGUAGACAUGGUGCUGCCUUUCAUAUUCCCACCCCUAGCCCUCGUGGCAGAAGCCCUGAGUGCGACAAUCGUAGCUUUCUUGCUGUGUGCGUUUGGGCCGAAAGCACUUCCAGCAUCACAGGGUGCAGCGCUGAUGCACUGA